AUGUCGAAUCAACAGCCCAGCGGAGUCUGGGCAACAGCCAACCGCCAACGACAAUCACAAUCCGCCUCACGAACACCCCAAAACCGCUCCAACACUGCCUCGCCAAACCCGCAAGGAGCGCCUUCACAACCUCCCAUGCCCGAUGGAGGGCGCACGCUACAGCCCGCGAGCAAUGUGUGGACGCAAAGAAGCAGCAGUGCGGGAGGAAGUAAUGGGCAGAUGGGAGGAGAUGCUGGACUGCAGAAUGAUACGGGCGCUGGGAGUUUCAAUGCAGCAGAGAUGAAGGCUUUUCUGGCUAAGGAUCUUGGGUCAACUGCGGUGUACAAGCCUGCGGAGGCUGCGGGAGGUGCAAGGACGGGUAGUGCUUGGGGAUCUAAGCCGGGUGUCAUGGCCAAUGGACAGCCCUUCUUCACUCAGCUGGCGAAGCAGAUUGCUACUCUGGAGGGCGGUGGCUGA